AUGGAUUCAAAGCUGAAGUCAGUUCGUGCUGGACACAAAGGAGCCGUCACGAAGCUACUGGUGAAAUUCGACGAGUUAAAGUCAAAAACAGACACAGAAGUUGACGAGGUGAAAGCCCUUGAUGAUGCCGUCACGCAGAAACAGAAAACAUUGAUUGGCCUGAAUAACAGACUUUUGGAACAGACAUCGGAGGAAAAUCUGGAGCAGGAAAUCACCGACUCGGAUGAGUAUAUGUACGAACUUGAUUGUAAAAUUAGACAAAUUCGGAAAUUUAUUAAGUCCUUUGAUACCAGUACUAUAAUUUCGCAUGAUAUUGUUGGUCCUUCAACGAGCAGACUUAACCCAGACGCAUAUAAUUUCACACCCGAAGCUAGAGUUGAUAUGAACACAUGUGCAAUAGAUUCUAUCAACCAGCAGUAUUCAAUGCACGCCCCUGCAGUGCAUACCCGUCCGUCAGAGAAUGUCAUGUUUCAAGUCCCGUCAGAACCGAGAUCUUCAAAAUCUAAUUACCAUAGGCUUCCAAAGUUAGACUUACCCUAUUUUAAUGGAGAUAUUAUCAAGUGGCAGACAUUUUGGGAUUGUUUCGAGUCAUCGAUACACGACAACGACACAUUAACGCCAAUCCAAAAGUUUAAUUAUCUGAAAGCCCAGCUGGAGGGAAGCGCCGCGCAAACAGUAGAGGGAUUUGCUUUGACAAAUGGUAACUACGAAACCGCAGUCAACCUUCUCAUAGAUCGGUUCGGACAGCCUAGCAAACUGAUACAUGCUUACAUGAAAGCACUGAUGAAUUUACCCGCACCGACAAAUGAUGCUUUUAGUUUGAGGUCUUACGGAGACAGAUUAGAAUCAUACGUACGAGGAUUAAAGUCACUUGGUCAAACACCAGAGAUGUAUGGUUCACUUUUGGUACCUGUAGUUUUGGACAAGUUACCGAUUGACAUAAGAAAGAAUAUAGAACACGGAAGAGAUAAUUUGAUAUUAGAUAAUUUACGCAAAUCAAUAACUAAAGAGAUCGACAUACUCGAAGCUGGAGAAGGAGUCACAGAUUCAGACAGAUUGUACGCUACUGCAUUUUUCAUGGGUACGCAAUCACAUUCAUACAAGAGCAAAUUCACAGACACACAUCAGAAGACAAAUACACGUACAUGUAUUUUCUGUUCAGGUGAGCACUAUCCGACGGAGUGCUCUGAAGUAACAGACGCAAACGCUAGAAAUCAAAUCGUAAAACAGAAACAGUUAUGCUUUAACUGUUUAGGGUCACACCGAGUGGCCGCAUGCAAGUCUACUAAACGAUGUAAAAAGUGUAACGGAAUGCAUCAUACUAGCAUAUGUAGAGGCAAAGAGGUAAUUCCAGGUACGACACCGGAGCAUACAACACAACAGUCAUCAGUAAACAAAGUUGAAACACCAAACGAGACUAGAGUAAUGUAUUCAUCACAACAGAAUCACAACAUUCUCCUGAAAACAGCAAUUGCACCAGUUGUAUAUAACGACCAAGAAGUAGAAUGUAACAUCUUAUUUGACGAGGGAGCACAGUGUUCUUUUAUAACUCAGAAACUAGCUGAUCAAUUAGAAAUAAAACCCACAGAAAAAGUAAGCAUUCAACUGUCUGCGUUCGGAGAUUUAUCUCAAAAAGUUCGUAACUUAGACACUGCAACAAUACAACUACAGACCGACACAGGAGAAAAGGUGCAUAUUAAUACACUUAUUGUUCCAGAAAUUGCCGUCCCAAUUAAGAACAAUAUUUCCCUGACUACAAGGAGCUUGCCACACUUAAGAGAACUUAAAACUUGCACAUUCUAUGCAAAGUACAGAACGUUUCGUAAUUGA